AUGUAUCCUGAAAGUCUGAACCCUACUAUUAACUGGCAUGUAGAUGUUGGCUGGCACAAGCUCAUCAAAAGGGAGCACGACCAUCAUUUAGUUGAUAAUAUUUAUCUCGAUAUGUCUGAUGACAAACCCUCAAAAAAGCGACGGCGCCUCUCAGAAUGGAUGG